CCCGCGCCUUGCGCCCUGCACACCAGCACCCCUGCCUAGCGCCCCUGCUCUGCAUCCUCACCCGAGCCCGGCUUGCUGCCUACACCUGCCCUGCACCGCGCCCUACCCCCUAUCACCAAACUAGCCAUCAUCACACCCUCGCACGCCUGCAACCUACCCUGCACCCAGCCGACUUCGCCUCCUUUCUCCUGCACCCGUAGAGCCUACAGCAGCCUACACCCCCCCUCUGUGCCGCCCCUCUUCUGCAACCUGAUCCUGCACCCCACGUUGUAGCCAACUGAGCAUGAUGGUAGACCAGCGUCCUUUAGGGUUUCCUUUGAUUUUUGUAUAAAUAGGAGGUUUUAGGAUAGCUAAGAUCUGGUUUUUUUGGUUGUGUGGUUUUGGUGUUGCCGGCGGAGGAGUCUUUUGUUUUCUGGUGUUGCCGGCGGAGAAUAGGGAAAGUUUUCUGUUGAAAGGGGCUCGGUUUUGUACCGGAGGUUGACGGAGGGCUUAUUUGCUGUGUUUGCUUUUGUGUAGGUAAUUUUCUGAACAGAGAAGUUUUUCUGGGAAUGGUGGUGAAGGGGACGAUGGGAGCCUGGUCCCGUGGGUGGGAUCCCUCCCAUCAGAUCUGGAUCUAUUUUUUCCCAGAAAACUUUGCCGUGAGUGUUGAUUUGUUUGUUGAUUUUCCUUUGUAUUUUUCAUUUCAUGUUUAAGGUUAUAUGUAUUUUCUUGAGAAAAUGAAUGAAAGAUUAUAUAUAUUUGCCUGUUUAGUUGCCUGACGAAUCUGUGAAUCUGUGAAUCUUUUGAUGAAUCUGUGAAUCUGUGAAUCCUUUGCUGGAAAUGAGAUGCAUUCAUGAUGAACCCUAAUUGAAAACUUUUCUGUUUGGUGUUUGAUCUUUUUGCCUGUUUUGGGUUAGCGGGUCGUGUUUUGUGGGUCGGGUUGAUCCGACUCAAUCUAACAAAGAAAAAUUAAAAAA